GUCCGACUCGUUCACACACCCGCCCGCCGUUCCUUGCUCUCACCCUCCACUCUUCCUCCUACCCUCUCUCUUCGUUGUCGCCAGCAACAUGUCGUCCGCCGAUGCGAAGCCUCUGCCGUUCAUCUACCAGUUCGCGGCUGGUGCCGUGGCUGGCGUGUCAGAAAUCCUGAUCAUGUACCCGCUGGACGUCGUCAAGACCAGGAUACAACUUCAGACCGGAAAGGCAACCGGUGAGGAUGCCUACAACGGCAUGCUGGACUGCUUCCGCAAGAUCGUGAAGAACGAAGGCGCCUCGAGGCUGUACCGCGGUAUCAGCGCGCCCAUCCUCAUGGAGGCUCCCAAGAGGGCCACCAAGUUUGCUGCCAACGACUCCUGGGGAGCCUUCUACCGCAACCUGUUUGGCCAGGCCAAGAUGAACCAGUCCCUAUCCAUUCUGACCGGAGCGACUGCUGGUGCAACCGAAGCGUUUGUCGUCGUCCCCUUCGAGCUCGUCAAGAUUCGUCUUCAGGACAAGGCCCAGGCCCACAAGUACAACGGCAUGAUGGACUGUGUCACCAAGAUCAUCAAGCAGGAGGGCCCUCUCACACUCUACCAAGGUCUUGAGUCCACUAUGUGGCGCCACAUCCUCUGGAACGCGGGGUACUUCGGCUGCAUCUUCCAGGUCCGCGCGCUUCUGCCUGCAGCAAAGGACAAGAAGGGCCAGAUCACCAACGAUCUGUUGUCUGGUGCCGUCGGUGGUACAGUCGGUACGAUCCUCAACACCCCAAUGGACGUUGUCAAGUCGCGCAUUCAGAACUCUUCCAAGGUCGUAGGCACAGUGCCCAAGUACAACUGGGCGUUCCCCGCUCUGGGUACAGUUUUCCGUGAGGAAGGCUUCGGUGCUCUUUACAAGGGCUUCACACCCAAGGUGCUGAGAUUGGGUCCCGGUGGUGGUAUCCUGCUCGUUGUCUUCACCGGUGUCAUGGACUUCUUCCGCAGCAUGCGUGAGGGGAAAUAAGCUGCGAAGAUUGGAGGUAACGAGAAGGAAACGAUACACCGAAUGAGCGAACGAAUUCCAUCUUUUCUUGAGUCAUGUCAGGAGACUCCAUGUCAGAUAGACGGUACAUCGUGGACCUAAAAGUCGUAUUCUUCACAACAUUCAAAGUACACACGAG